GUUUUAUAAGCGCAAAUAAUUAUUUUCAACGAAACAAAUGUCAAAUGUUGGAAUGUGUUUCUAUUUCCGUGCAAUAAAUAAAUGUAAGUGUGGCUCGCUUUUUGCCAUAUAGUCAACAUCCAACUGCUGUGGAAGAUAGUGAGGUUGUGUUAAGGUGCGGGAAUGUGCCUGAAGCUAUUGUAGCACAUACCAUGUACAACAUCUACCCCUGGUAUUAUUACAACACCAGUUUGGAUAAAGACACAAUUAAGCUUGUGGAGAUAACCGGCGAUAAUAUAAAGGAGGAAAUGGAAAAAAUAGAAAACACAAACACGACUUCCUCGCCGGUAUGCUUGGGAGACAUCCAAAAUCUAAUAUUAAAAUCAGAUAAAACACUCGAACGAAUGCUAAUCGAACAAUUCCAUAAUCUGCAACAUCUCUACAUCAUUUGCAACUGGGAAUCGUUUGCUACCGAAGCCUUUGAAGAAUGCCAAAAUUUGCUCGGUUUGUACGUGCGUUGCAAUAGAAACUUACGCUCCAUACCCGCCGGUACAUUUGAGAAACUGAGAGUUUUGAAGAAAUUAGUCAUAAGCCACAGCAAUUUAGAUACGAUCGAACCUGAAAUCUUCAAGCGACUACCGUUUUUAGAAGAUCUUGACUUGCAAGAAAACAACAUUAGGAACAUUAAGCCCAAAUUCCUAUGCGAGCUGCCGAAGUUGACUCGAAUUAGUUUGGGAAGAAAUAAAAUUGAGUUCCUACCCGCAAAUGUGUUCGAUAGCCUCUUUUCGCUGAGCAAAGUUGACUUAAGCCACAACAAUUUAAACCAAUGGUGUUCCGUUGCGCAAGAAAAUAACAAUAUUACUCACUUGAGAUUAAACCACAAUAAACUAGAUGAAUUGAUUUCAAACUACUUUAGCACCCUGUCUUCGUUGUUGCAGCUGAAUUUGGAUGACAACAAUUUGUCGAUCGUAAACAAUAAAGCAUUUGGAGGACUGCACAAAUUAGACUACUUAAGUUUGAGUAACAAUAAAAUAUUCGGCGUUGAACCAGAAGCUUUCGAAGACCUAAAAUCUCUCCGCGUCCUUCAAUUACAGUGCAACAAGCUCACGUCUUUGAGCAAGGAUAUGUUUAAGAACUUUGGAUUUCUGAAGAUAUUGUACUUGAACAACAACAACAUUGAGGAGUUAUCGGUUGAUAGUUUUGAACCACUCUCAUCGAUAGAAAAUAUCUUCCUUCAUUCCUCCAACAUAAAAACCAUCACCAAUCACAGCCAAACGGGCUCCAAAAGUUUGCAGCAUCUCCACCUCGAGGGCAACAACAUACCUCGAUUAGUCUCAUCGGUAUUCGUCGGGUUUUCUGCUCUCCUCAACUUAGAUCUCAACGAAUCUAACUUAGAAGACCUAGAAACAGGAUGGUCUACAGGACUCACAUCUCUAAAGUAUUUAAAUUUGAGUGGAAAUAGUUUGAGAAAACUAUCCAAGGAUACUUUUUCCGCGCUCGUUGCAUUGCGUUCGCUCAAUUUGAGCGGAAAUAAAAUUGAGGAAAUCGAAGAGGGCGCGUUUUCUGGUUUGACCAACUUAACCAACCUAAAUUUGUCUGACAAUCAAAUCUCCCGCUUAACGGCGGACGUUCUGAAGCACCUAACUUCCAUGCGAGCCUUGGCCGUCGGAAAUAAUCUAAUUCAACGAAUCGAUGCGAGUUCCUUAGGACACUUGGACAGUUUAAUCUACCUCGACUUAUCCGAGAACAAAAUAACCGAAGUUGACGAGCUGGCCUUUAGUGGCGUACAGAAUUUAACGACGUUAGAUUUGGGUUAUAACGGACUAGGAGUGAUUCCCUCCGCUCUGGGACAUUUGAUCGAGCUAGGAAAACUGGUGCUCAGCUGCAACUGCCUGAACGUCCUGGACUAUGACAUCUUAAACAAGUUUAAAAAUUUGAAUAAGCUUCAUAUUAACGGUAAUGAAAUUUCGGAUAUUGAUUCCGAUGUUAUUAAAUCGUCACCGAUUGUUGAAUUUUUGUUUGAUGAAGAUAAAAUUGGAAACGAAAAGUCGCAAGACAUACUUCAAGCGUUGAAGAGUCGCGGGGUUCGACGGCGAAGCUCUGUUUUUUGUAGUUCAAGAACGAAAUCUCGAAAAGUGGUUUUGUAGCUGUAAACGUAACUUAAAAAUUCGUUUUGUUGUCGUUUUAACUUCGUUACUAUUUUACUGCUUAUGUUGUUUUAUAGUCUAAUAAAAUCAAAUUUAAGUCACGUUACUGACA